UUCGGACACAAAAUUUUCGAAAUAUUUGGUUUCAAGGUUGCUUUCUUUUAAAUACAUAGUUCAAAAAUUUUGUCUUUGCCCGAUGUACUUGUCCGAAGUGUCACCCGUGAGUCUACGAGGUGCCGUCUCCAGCGUCUACCAGCUCGUCAUCACGAUAUCGAUCUUGAUAGCCCAGAUUGUCGGGCUGCAUUAUGUCCUCGGGAAUCACACAUACUGGCCAUACAUAUUCAUCUUCCCCAUGUUUUUCGCAAUAUUCCAGGUCAUUACGUUGCUGUUCUGCACGGAGUCGCCGCGGUACCUCAUCGGGGUCAAAGGCAAUGAGCAAAAAGCCGAACAGUCGUUGAAGUUUCUCCGAAUGAGCGACGACGUGUCUGCCGACAUGACUCUAAUGAAGUCUGAAGACGCCGCUGUUAAAGCUUUGCCGAAAAUCACGCUGUCAGACAUGUACAAGAGCCGGCAGCUGAGGAUUCCGUUGAUUAUAGCUCUGGUCAUCAUGCUGGCGCAGCAAUUCAGUGGCAUCAACGCCGUGAUUUUCUACUCCACGGAUACUUUCGAAAAAGCUGGCUUGAAAGGGGACAACCCAAAGUACGACACGAUCGGGAUCGGCGUUGUCAACGUGCUGACUAUCGUGUCGCUGUACCUUGUGAAAGUGGCCGGGAGAAAAACUCUUCUUUUGAUCGGGUUUGGAGGAAUGGCUAUCGAUACCUUGCUCUUGUCUCUAACUCUAUACUUUGCGGAUCAAAACGACUUCCUUCCUUGGGUUUGUAUCAUCCUGACUUUUAUUUACAUCAUCUUGUUUGCGGCUGGCGCGGGCUCGAUCCCUUGGUUUCUGGUUACCGAGAUUUUUAACCAAGCUGCUAGACCGACUGCUGUGUCUUUAGCGGUACCCACCAACUGGAUCGCCAAUUUUAUCGUCACGCUGACGUUUCCUUUGAUUGAGGCUAUAAUCGGGCCGUUCGUGUUCCUGAUUUUCGUCGCCUUGGACGUGGUGUUUUUCCUGUUUAUCUUGAAGUUCGUACCAGAAACCAAGAACAGGACCAUCGAUGAUAUCAUCAGCGAGUGGAAAUGAGCGGAUCGAUUCGUUUUAGGGUUAUUUUGGAAAAGUGUAUCCGUUUUGCAAAAAAGAUAGAC